GAGGAGGCGGGGAAGAAACAGCGAGCGAGCGACAGACAGACAGACAGAGCCAAGCAGCCUUCUACACCCAAAGGGCCGACUGCCCGUUUUCCUAGCGGGCGAGGGGAGCAGAAUCGGAUACAGUCACACGCCGACGAGGAAGGAGGAGGCUGAAGGCAGCCGCCAGUACAGAAGAGGAUGGAUUUCCAGCAGCUGGCUGACGUUGCGGAUAAAUGGUGCUCCAACACCCCCUUCGAGCUUAUUGCCACGGAGGAGACCGAGAGGAGGAUGGAUUUCUACGCAGACCCGGGCGUUUCUUUUUAUGUGUUAUGCCCGGAGAACGGAUGCGAAGACAAUUUUCAUGUCUGGAGUGAAAGUGAGGACUGCUUACCUUUUCUGCAGUUGGCUCAGGACUACAUUUCUUCUUGUGGUAAAAAGACACUACAUGAAAUUCUGGAAAAAGUCUUCAAAUCAUUUAGACCUCUAUUGGGGCUUCCAGAUGUAGAUGAUGCCUUUGAAGAAUAUCAUGCAGAUGUGGAAGAAGACGAGGCCGAAGCUGAUCCCCAGCAGAUGGGUGUCAGUCAGCAGUAAUAUUCAGAGGAAUUAAAAUAUAUAUUAUCUUACCAGGAUGGCCAAGGAGUAAAUGUGAAUGUCCUCUCUUUCAUUGUCCGAUAAUAUCUUCACUGGUCUGCAGCCUUCCCUGUCUUUCCAUGCUUCAGUUAAAUUCUAAGGGAAGAAGACAUCAUGAGAGAACUCCACUGAGCUUUGUCAGAUUGGAAAAUGUGGACAUCCAGGGUUAUUUCAGGAUUACGGAAAGAUGUGUGAGAGAAAAGAAGCAUCCUUCAUCAGCAACAAUAAAGUAAAUUCAAUUAAAAGAAAUGCAGAAGAAAAUGUCAAGCACCCUGAGAAUAAAGUUUAAAAAAAAUUAUUUUUUUUUCUCGGGGGGGAAAAAAACUAAGAAACUACAAGGCAGAUUUGAGAGUAACAUUUUUCUUAGAAUAAUUAUGGAAAAUAGUCAUUAGCUUUCAACAGAUAGAGGAACUGUCUUGGAUCUGAAAAUAUUGAGAAGGCACCAGAAGAAACAGCUUAAUAAGAUUAUUGACUGGCAAGUUUUUCUUUUCAAGUUUCCCUUUCUAUCAUGCUAUUUGACAAUGAAUAGCAGUAUUGCUGCACUUCAAAGACCUCAGUUUUCAAAUUUGACUUAACUAUUCGUUGGUUUUGAUUGACUUUAUCUUUUAUUUAUAAUACAUGUAUUGAUCCAAGCACAAAGACAUGGAAAAAGAAAAGCACCUCUGUCACAAGAAUGAAUGAACAACUCUCAACUAUUGUCCAGGCUGGUGGAGGAUUGCUGGAACUGUCCUUCAACAAAUAAGUGCAUUAAAGUUAUAAAGUGCAACAAAAGCUUUUGAAUAUUUAUGCACAAGAAGGUGCUCUUUAUAUAUCUGAAUUCUUUAUGUUUUAACAAGAUGACUUAUGAUACAGAGAGUAGUUACCUCAGCAUAAUUAGAUACAUCCUUGAUUAACUAGAAUCCAAAAAUACAUUGCAUAUUCAAGUUUAUAAUUUUAAGGAAGGGAGGCAGGUUUUCAUCAUUUUGUUGGCAUCUUUAUUUGUGUUUUAGAAAUUGUAGUUCAGCAACAUUUGGAGGGCUACAGAUUCCUUUUUUAAAAGAAUACCUUUUAAGAGUAAUCCUUCAGUGUGAUUAUUAUUAUUUAGAGAUUGAAAACCUGUAAAAUAUAUUGCAAAAAAAGAAGAAGGAUAUUGGUUAACCUGCUUAAAAUUAGUGCUCAUUCAAUGAAAUCCUGUCCAUGGUGCCUUCUCCUAAUGCCUGGGCAUAAAAUCAAAAAAUGUAGCUCAGCAUCACUAUCUUGCCAUUAAAAAGCUUACCAAAUUUUU